AUGCCACUUACAGGCGCCCGACUGCUCGUGGCAGCCACUCUCCUCUUCCAAACCGUCAUCCCAUCCCCAAUUAUCAACGACGAUCAAAGAAUUCUCAGCACGAAUUCACUCGCGACACCGAAAAACGCGCAGCAGCAGAGCAGGAAGCUAAAUGGGAAAUUUCUCCACAUAACAGGUACGUAUUUUCACCCUGAUGAAUUCUACAAGGCCCAUUCUUCCACCGCCGAGGGCGUCGCAUGCCAUCGCAAGCAGGGCCCAGCGGGCACCUACGGCGCCGAGACUACCGACUGCGACUCGCCCUUGGCUCUCGUGAACGCGACUUUGGACUGGAUACGCGACCAUGUAAAGGAUGACGUCGAUUUUGUUGUAUGGACUGGCGAUACUGCGCGUCACGACAGCGACGAAAAGCUUCCUCGAAACUCUGGUCAUGUGCUGGGAACGAAUCGACAGGUAGCCCAGAAGAUCAUUGACACCUUUUCCGACAAUGGCCAGCUCGACAUCCCGGUCAUUCCAACCUUUGGCAAUAAUGACUUCCUCCCGCACAACAUCUUUUACCCUGGCCCCAACAAGUGGCUCAAGGCCUACAGCGAGAUAUGGCAUCGCUUCAUCCCCGAGGAGCAGCGCCAUUCGUUUGCCUUUGGCGGCUGGUUCGAGGUUGAGGUUAUCCCGAACAAGCUCUCCGUCAUUAGUCUGAACACCAUGUACUUCUUUGAUCGCAACGCUGGUGUUGAUGGCUGUGCCGAUACCUCCGAACCUGGCUUCAAGCAUCUCGAGUGGCUGAGCGUUCAGCUGCAGCGACUGCGCGAGCGCGGUAUGAAGGCCAUCCUGGUCGGUCACGUCCCACCCGCGAGGACCGAGAAUAAGCAAAACUGGGACGAGACGUGCUGGCAAAAGUAUACUCUAUGGCUAAAGCAGUUCCGCGAUGUCGUGACUGGCUCCGUCUAUGGCCAUAUGAACAUCGAUCACUUCCUGUUCCAAGACACCAAGGACAUUGAUCUGAGCCUUUACGACCAGGCUAUUGAGCGCGAGCCCAUCCAGGACGACUUUUCUGUCGAAUCGAAGAGCGAUUACCUCGUCGAGCUCAGGGAUUCAUGGACCGACUUGCCUAACGACGAUGAAGUAGACGAUCUUGGAAAGAAAAAGAAGGGAAAGAAGGGCAAGAAGAAGAAGGGCCUCAAGAAGAUUGGCGGCAAAUACGGCGAGCGAUACCAGGUGUCUUUGGUCAGCCCCAGCGUGGUUCCCAACUACUUCCCCACCAUCCGUGUCAUCGAGUACAACAUCAGCGGUCUGGAGAACACCCCGAUUUGGACUGAUGCCUUUGACGUGAACGCAAAGGUGCCUGAACAGGUCACUGAAAUCCCGGAAUUCGAUAAGCCUGAGGACGAAGGUCGACAAGAGCUUAAGAGAGACCUUGAAGCUGAGCGAAAGAAGAAGAAGAAAAAGGGCAAGAAGGGAAAAAAGGGGAAGAAGAGGCCCAAGGACCCCCAACUCGUGGUUCCAGAUGAUCCGCCCAAGAAAUCGCUCCCUGGCCCUGCGUACUCUAUGCAGCCCUUCACCUUCACCGGAUACACGCAGUACUUUGCCAACCUCACCUACAUCAACAACGACAUGACGGAUCCCGCAGACGGGUCCAAGUGGCGUGAUGGCGACUUUAGCGACGAGGUGCCCAACCACGACACCCCUCAGCCGCGCGAGUUCAAGUAUGAGGUCGAGUACAGCACUUUUACCGACAAGAUCUUCAAGCUCCCCGACUUGACGGUCAGGAGUUACUUGAGGCUGGCGAAAAGAAUCGCAAAGCAAGAGGAGAAGAAAAAGGCCAAGUCGGUCGGCGAGGUUGAUGAUGACUUCGAAGACGACGAUGAUGACGACGAGGAGAUCCCCGAUGGCUCUGACUCCGACGUUGACCAGUCGAGGAGGAGGAGGAAGAAGAAGGGAGGAAAGAAGGGCGAAAAGACCACUCGAAAGAAGAGCAACAAGGUCUGGAAGCACUUCCUCCAGGAGGCUUUUGUCAACACAAUUCCUGAGAAGCAGCUCAAGAAGUGGUCCCGCAAAUGA